UCAUAAAUAUAGGGAAAGUUGUGUAAACGGUUAUUUCCAUUCAAGCAAGCGUCACCUCACAUUGAAUUUGGCCUCCGAGCUCUUGCAACGUUGUUCGUCAUCGUACACUUGUUGAUGAUUUCAAUUUCGUUAUUCUGAUUCUGUUGGCAAUACAACUUAUGAACGAUGGUUUCGCUUUCACUUGUAGUUUUCAUCAUCUUUUCUUCUCUCUAUCAUGUCGACGCAGCCCCAACCAAAGAAAAACGUUCGUUAUUGCAACUCAACACUGUAAUUAGCUGCUACACUGGUAAGAGUGGAUUUGAUUUCAAUGGCUACGGGUGUUGGUGUGGACUGGGAGGCAGCGGAAACCCGGUAGAUGACGUCGACAGGUGUUGUAUGGCCCAUGAUAACUGCUACCAGGCUCUACAGGACGAAGGGUGUGGACUUUAUUUCACAUCCUAUGAAUAUUCCGAGCAAAACUGUGGAUCGAGAAAUGGAUCAAUUACUUGUGGCGGAUCACCAGCUGACCCCGAGACAGAAUGCAGCUUCAAACUGUGUGAAUGCGAUCGUCGCAUUGCGUCGUGCCUUCGCCAACACACCUAUCACGAUGUAUUUGCCGACUUUCCGAAGAGCUUCUGCGACCCUCGUCUCGCUCACACUGGCACCGUGAUCGUCGACGAGACCCCCAAUUCGCCCGACGUCGUACCGAUUGCGGGAGAUGCGAGAGGCGCCUAUCAGCAAGUCCCUGCCGGCAUACUCGGGCAGAUUCCUCCCAGAAACUAAUCUACUUUUCUUGUUUCGAGGGGCACCAGGGUUUUGUUAAACAGGGAGGGGAUGAAAGGAUCGACCUAUAACGUCCCUGCCCCCCACCCUUCUGUAGAUCUCUCAUUGAAACAUUGGGUAUUUUCAGGGGCCGUGGAAUGUGUGUAUGUGGGGGCC